CUCAGAACUCCACGAGAGGACUCUGCAGCCAUCUCUACUGUGAGUCUGGUUGAUCUAAAGCAGCUUCCAGGAUGUCCCAGCAACACACUCUGCCAGUGACCCUGCCUCCUGCCCUCAAUCAGGAGCCCCUCAAGCCUAUUUCUCCUCCCAUCGAUACCCAGCAGGAGCAAAUGAAGCAGCCAACUCCACUACCGGCCCUGUGCCAGAAGAUGCCCUCCAAGCUCCCAGGGGAGGUCCCUUUGGAGCAUGCGGAGAAACACACAACUCUUGUGAAGGGGGUGCCCGAGCAACAAUGUGAGCCACAGCAGCAGCAACAGCAUCUGGAACAGCAGCAACAGCAGCAGCAACAAGAAUCACAGGAGCAGGAACUGUGCCUGGAACAGCCGCAACUGCAGCAGCAACAAGAAUCACAGGAGCAGGAACUGUGCCUGGAACAGCAGCAGCAGCAACAACAACAAGAAUCACAGGAACAGAAACUGUGCCUGGAACAGCAUCUGGAACAGCAGCAACAGGAGUUACAAGAGCAAGAACAGCAUCUGGAACAGCAGGAGCAGCAAAAGUCACAGGAGCAGGAACUGCAUCUGGAACAGCAGCAGCAGGAGCUACAGGAGCAGGAACGGCAUCUGGAACAGCAGCAGCAGCAGCAAGAGUCACAGGAGCAGGAACUGCACUUGGGACAGCAUCUGGAACAGCAGAAGGAUGAGCCAAAGGAGCAGAAAAUACAGCAGCAGCAGCAACAGGAACAGUGUGAGGAACACCAGGAAGCAAAAAAUCUGGAGCAGCAGCUGGAGCAGGUGAAAGCACAAAGAGAGCAGCAGCAAAAGAAACAGCUGGAACAGGAGAAGAAGCUCUUGGACCAGCAACUGGAUCAAGAGCUAGCAAAGAGAAAUGAGCAAUUGGAAAAGAAAGAAGAGCAGCUGCUGGAACAGAAGGAGCAGCCACCAGAGCCAGCAGAGCAGCAGGAGGGGCAGGUGGAGUGGCCUGCAUUUGUCCCAGCUCCUGACCAGGUCCAAGAGACCCAGCCAGUUCAGCCACUGAAGGGAGAAGUCUUACCCCUCACAGAGCAGCAACAGCAGAAGCAGGAGCUGUAUGGCUCCCCAAAACAUAAGUAAGCACCCCCAGUAUCCCAGAGGCUCUCAGGCCAUCCCACACAAGUGAAGAGAGAGCCAGUGGCCUCGCUAAUCUCAGGUCCCCAGCCUGGGUGGCCUGCUUCAUCUGUGAACCUGUCUGACCCUGUCCUUCUGUUUCUUUGAUGGGGCUGGGAGAAGGGGAAGUUAUUGUUCAGCAACCACCCCUAAUGAACUCGGUCCCAACCUCAGGUGGCCAGAACCUCUGCCUAAGGAGACAGUUACCAUACUAACUCUGACUUCGUCCCCAGUAUUAUAGUUGAAUCUGUGAGUGUGUACAAUAAUACAGAAUAAAUCCUGGAAGUCCUU